AGUUUCCAGAGCCUUCGCGUUGAGGACCAUGUUGCUUCCAAACAUUCUGCUCACGGGUACACCAGGGGUUGGGAAAACCACACUAGGCAAAGAACUUGCCGCAAGAUCGGGACUGAAAUACGUUAAUGUGGGUGAUUUAGCUCGAGAAGGACAGUUAUAUGAUGGCUAUGAUGAAGAGUAUGACUGUCCUAUUUUAGAUGAAGAUAGAGUAGUUGAUGAGUUAGAAAACCAAAUGAGUGAAGGUGGAGUUAUUAUUGAUUACCAUGGUUGUGAUUUCUUCCCUGAACACUGGUUUCAUAUAGUUUUUGUGCUGAAAACAGAUAACAGCAUAUUGUACAAAAGACUUGAAACAAGGGGUUAUAAUGAGAAGAAACUAAAAGAUAAUGUUCAGUGUGAAAUUUUUCAAAUUCUUUAUGAAGAAGCAUUAGCAUCCUCCAGCGAAGACAUAGUGCAUCAGCUGCCCAGCAAUAAACCAGAAGAUCUAGAGAAUAAUAUCAAUCAGAUAUUGAAGUGGAUUGAGCAAUGAGUCAAAGAUCAUAGCUCUUGACUUACAAGACUGGCCACUUUAUAAUCACUCUUAAUAUUUCUCUGCCCACAUCAUAUAAAUUAUGCAUUUAUUAGUAAACCCUUUUUAUUCAAAUUGUGCUGCAGGACUAGUAGGUGGAUAGUAUAAAGGUUUAUAUUUGGGUGUGUUUUUUUCCAUAAGAAAGUAUAAUGAAUAUAACUUUAUUAACAUGUUAAGUGCCCAGCCUGUUUUGUCUUCCAUAUGGAAAGUAUAGUGUCAGUCACUGGUGACUGACUGGGCGCUUAACGCGUUAAAGAUUGAGAAUAAAAACUGUCAUUGUUUAAUGCUUCAAUUGCUAAAGUAUAAGUAAACCUGACCAAAUGUGUGGGAGGAUAUCGUUUAAGUUUAUUAAAGA